AUGCAUCACUGCCUGUGGAAAUUUCUUCUGGUUGCUGUAUCCCUGACCCUCCUGGGCUUCUUCCUCCAAGAGGAGAAUGAAGAGCAUCUUAAGUACAGCUUAUCGUUGCAGGAGGAAAAGAAAAUACUGUGGCAGCUAGACCAGGAGCAAAUCAGUUCUGAAGUCAAGAACCAUCUGGAAACCUUCAAGGACAUGCAGAAAACCUCCUCUCUACUCCAGCAAGCCAAGUACAAAUUCCUAGCUGGAGUUCCUCCCCAGCAAAAGAAGCUGCUGGUGGCGGGCAUCUCCUCAGCACGUCACCCUCAUGGGAGCUACCUCUUGGACACCCUGCAGUCCCUGUUCCAAGCUUCCUCAGAAGCUGAACUGAAUUGCAUUGUGGUGCUGGUCUGCCUGUCAGACUCCGACCCUGAGUGGCUCAACCAGACGGUCACCAAUAUUUCAGACGGCUUCAAAGCACAUGUUGAGGCCCGGAGGCUACUCGUGGUCCAAGGCCACAUCAGCGGCUCCCCUCUCCUGGGAGGCCUGAACAACAGUAACCACUCUCCACCCUGCAAGACACCGUCGUAUUCCAGGCAGAAAGCGGAUUAUGCCCUCCUCAUGAACUUCGCUAUCAGUGUCUCCAGACACUCCCUGAUGCUGGAAGAUAAUGUUCACUGCACCCCCAAAUUUAUUUCUACCAUCUAUUUGACAUUGUUAGCCUGGAAAGAGCGACCUUGGGUGAUCCUGGAGUUCUCCAUCCUGAGCCUCUCGGGGAAAGUUUUCCACACAAGUGACCUCUCCCGCCUGACAUUUCUCCUCCUCCUUUUCCACGGAGACACUCCUACUCAUUUGCUUCUUUCUGAAUUCCGUCUUCUCUUGGCCCAAAACAUCCCAAUUCGUUUCAGCAACUCAGUCUUCCACCACGUGAGCAACUACUCUGUGCUGGAGGACGUGUGCUUUCCUGUGAAGGAAGAGACCUUCAGUGAACCGGACAACCCCACUGCCAGUAUCCACACUGACAUGAUGUCAGCAGUGAGCAACAUCCCACGAUACACUUACACGAGUAAGGACUGCUACGCCACCCUCAACCCUUUAAAAGGCAACCACCUGACAGUGAUCCUGGAGGGGCCACAGAAAGCCACCCGGAUAGAAGUCCUGACAGGUUCUGACAGACAAAAGCAGUACCGGCUGGCACACAGGCAAGUAGAACUGGGCCAUGGUCCCUUGGAGGAUUUCAGAGGCUGUGCUCGCUAUGCCCUGCUGCGUCCUCUGAUAGAAGGGAGUUUGGACCGGAGGGUGUUUUAUGAAAAAGACUCCGUGGAGGAGUUGAGUUGCAUACAGCUGCUGGUGCGAGCACCUCAAGAGUCUUGGCUCCUGAUCAGGCAGAUCAAAUUCUGGACCAAGUGUGAGGAGGAGGAGGAGGAGGAACAGUUGCUUAAGUGCAAGGACACCAUCUGA